CGUCCCUUUUACCUCUCAAUCCCAUGCAUGAGAUACCAUUGAAUAGAGCCAUCAGCUCCUUCCCUCCUGCAAAGGAAAACUAACCCAGCCAUCCGUCACUGAUCACCCCCUCCUUUAUUUCCUCCUCUCCCCCCCCCCUCCCCCUCGGGCCUCUCCUCCUUCCUUCUAGUAAGUGCAGAGAAGCAUAGAGCGACGGAAAUGAUGGCGUCUCCUGCCGCCGCCGGUGUCGUCGACUCGCAAAGCUCGGGCGGCGAAGGCGGGCGCAAGAGCAACCCCACCGCCAACCCGCUGCGGCCGCCGGAGCAGGGUCUCAAGUGCCCACGGUGCGACUCGCCCAACACCAAGUUCUGCUACUACAACAACUACAGCCUCGCGCAGCCGCGCCACUUCUGCAAGACCUGCCGGCGGUACUGGACCAAAGGUGGCGCCCUUCGCAACGUGCCCGUCGGUGGGGGCUGCCGCAAGAACAAGAAGUCCAAAUCCUCGUCUGCCGCCGCGGCCUCCUCGCGCCUCCCCGUCAGCUCCAUCGAUCCCAUCACCGGAGUCCCCGACCCGGCCGGCGGCAGCCUCAAGUUCUUCGGUGGGCCGUCUUCGCUGAUCGCCGCCUCGGAUUUCCAGCUCGGCGUGCUUCCUUUCUCCAGACUGCAUUCUCCCGCAGCAUCCGGGAUGUUCGCUACCGCCAACCAGCAGUACGUGGCCUUCGGAGACAUGAUCGCCCCAUCACCUGCACCUGGUGAUCGAAUCUCUCAUCCGGCCGCCGCGAGUCACGCUAGCUCCAUGGCGAGCUUCGCUAGCUUCCCGACGCCGGCAGGAGGAUUCCCCGGUGAGACAGCUGCAGUCAACAGCAGCACGCGCAGCUCCAUAGCUUCUUCUAUCGAAUCCUUGAGCUCCAUAAACCAAGAUCUGCACUGGAAGCUGCAGCAGCAGAGGUUGGCAAUGUUCUUCGGAGGUGAAACCUACAAAGAGAGCGGCGCGUCCUCCGCUCUCCCAGGUCAUUUCCUUGAGGGCUCUUUUCACGCGCCGGACGGUUCCAAAUCACAAGCAGCCUCUGCAGCUGGGUGCAGUGGUGGGUCUAGAAAGGGCGGUUUCGGUGCAACUGAUCAUACCGCCCCGGCGUGGUUGAUUGAUAGUUGUUACAACAUUCCGUGCUCGGGUUCUGCCGCCGUGACUACUGCUAUCACUACCGCCAAUAACAACAACAACAACAACAACAGUAGCAGUAACGACGACAACAACAAUUCGAGCAAUUGGAAUGGAAUCCCAGCUGCUUGGAGUGACAUGCCACAGUUCGCAGCUCUUCCGUAGGGGUGAAAAUCAUGUCCGAGAAUUGAAAGAAAGAAAGUACGUUCCUCGAUUAAUUUUCAUUUUCUUGAUUUCUUCGGCUCGUUGGAGUUUGUUUUGAAAUAUAUAGGCCAAUGGAACAUUAGGGUGGAAUGGGAGGAUAUAUUCCUUAAAAAGGUAACUGAUGGGUGUCUGGAUAUUUUUCUAGCGUUCGCUCUCCUUGGACUCUCACUCUUGUAUGUCUUUUUCCACUUUCUCUUCUUUCUCCUCGGCUCCUUUUCAAUUAUUACACAAGUGCAAGAAUAUACAACAACGGGAACUCUCGCUGGAACAGCUUCUUACAUGCCCUACUCACAACCGUUGAUACGCUUUCCUUGUUUAAUUUUCUUCUUUUCUCUUUCUCCUUUUACUUUCUUACAUUCGCUGUGAGGUCUAGCUAGGUUUCAAGUCUGUAUCUGUAUGUAAUCGAUGA